UCUGUUUUUUUAGACAAAAUUUUAGUCUUUUAUUAAAUUUUAUAAGUUCAUUGUCGGACUUACAGUUUUUUUGCUUCUUGAAGAUAAAUUUAUAUAAAGUUUAAAGAUGUGUGGUAUUUUUGCUUACGUUAACCAUUGCACCCCUCGCCCAAGAAAACAUAUCUUACAGACAUUGGUCAAUGGAUUGAAAAGAUUGGAAUACAGAGGAUAUGAUUCUGCAGGUCUUGCUGUAGAUGGUGGGAAUAAUGCGACCCCGACUAUUGACACAAAGAAUAAUAACAAUCCCUCAGCGCAUAUUGUCAUGAUCAAGCAGAAAGGAAAAGUGAAAAACCUUGAUGAGAAGAUUUACAAAAAUCAAGAACUAGAUUUUGAAGUUGAGUUUGGAACUCACGUUGGUAUUGCACACACCCGUUGGGCAACUCAUGGCGUACCUAACGCUGUCAACAGUCACCCCCAGAGAUCUGACAAGGAUAAUGAAUUUGUCGUCGUGCACAAUGGAAUAAUGACAAACUAUAAGACAAUCAAGACAUUGCUGGAAGGGCACGGUUACGAGUUCGAGUCGGAAACCGAUACAGAAGUUGUCGCGAAACUGAUCAAAUAUCUUUGGGAUAACAAAGAAAAUGAUGAUGUCAGCUUUAGUACACUGGUAGAAAGGGUGAUUCAGCAAAUUGAAGGAGCAUUUGCGUUUGUGUUCAAGAGCAGACAUUACCCAGGACAGUGUAUUGCUACAAGACGAGGUAGUCCUCUUCUCAUUGGGAUUCGAAGUGAAUCAAAAAUAACGACAGACUCCAUUCCUAUCUACUACAGCAGUGCAAUGAAACCGACAUUGGAAAGAACAGAAAGCAGAUCUGAAGUCGUAACUCAAGAUGCAGAAGGAGGAAUUGAGUUUUAUUUUGCUUCAGAUGCAAGUGCAAUCAUUGAGCAUACAAACAGAGUCAUUUACUUGGAAGAUGAUGAUGUGGCAGCAGUGGUAAAAGGAGGUCUUUCUAUUCACCGUAUAAAACGUGGAAAUGUGAACGAGAGUGGCGCGCGAGUAAUCACUUCAUUGCAGAUGGAAAUGGCUCAAAUCAUGAAAGGAGAAUUCAGCUCUUUCAUGCAAAAGGAAAUCUUUGAGCAGCCAGAAUCUGUCGUAAAUACCAUGAGAGGACGAGUAUUGUGGGAUGAGAGGCGCAUCCAUCUUGGAGGAUUGGCUGACCAUAUUACAGAGAUAAGACGAUGCAGAAGAAUUAUUAUCAUUGCUUGCGGGACCAGCUAUCAUUCUGCUAUUGCUACUCGUCAACUUCUUGAAGAAUUGACAGAACUUCCGGUCAUGGUUGAAUUGGCAAGUGAUUUCCUUGACAGAAGCACUCCUAUAUUCAGAGAUGACGUCUGCUUUUUCAUCAGCCAAUCCGGCGAGACCGCAGACACUCUGAUGGCAUUACAAUACUGCAAGAACCACGGUGCAUUGACUGUUGGCGUUACAAAUACCGUUGGCAGCACAAUUUCACGCAUGACUGACUGUGGUGUUCAUAUCAAUGCUGGACCUGAGAUUGGAGUGGCUUCUACAAAGGCAUACACCAGUCAAUUUGUUGCCUUGGUGAUGUUCGCCAUGAUGAUGUGUGAGGAUCGUUACUCCAAACGACAGAGAUACGACGAGAUAUUCGAUGCUCUGAAAGCGUUACCUGAUUUGAUCAAAGAAGUUCUGUCUCUUGACCAAGAAAUCGUGAAUCUGUCUGAGCAACUGCACAAGCACAAGUCAUUAUUGGUGAUGGGUAGAGGAUAUAAUUUUGCUACGUGCUUAGAAGGGGCUUUGAAAAUCAAAGAGAUCACAUACAUGCACAGCGAAGGAAUUAUGGCCGGGGAGUUGAAGCAUGGACCCCUUGCAUUGGUUGACAGUGAUAUGCCUGUGUUGAUGAUUAUCGUCAAGGAUCAAGUCUUUGGGAAAUGCCAGAACGCUUUACAGCAAGUGGUUGCAAGACAUGGUCGACCAAUCAUAAUCUGUGACAAGGAAGACCAAGAGUCGCCAAAGUGUGCUUCCCAUGUUUUAAGAAUACCUCAAACGGUAGAUUGCUUGCAAGGAAUAUUAACAGUCAUUCCUCUGCAGCUGCUUUCAUAUCAUAUGGCGGUUAUGAAGGGCCUUGAUGUCGACUUCCCCAGAAAUUUGGCCAAAUCUGUUACAGUUGAGUGAAUAAGAAAAAUGAAGCAAAUGAAUACAACGUAUAUAUUUUUGAAGCACAUUGCGAAAUAUCUGCUCCGAGACUUGUAGAAAACGUGCAGCAGAUUUAGUAAAACGCUCUUAUACAUAAGAUGCAGUCUUGUUGUUUUUCUCAUAUUUUAUAUAUAAAUAGAAAUAUAUUCUUACGUUUAUUUUAUCCAGUGUACAAUUUAGAUUAAUACUGACCCCUUACAUUACCCCAUGGGCCUUAUUCGGUAACCACCAUUCUGGAAAAGCCCAGUUCAUGCAAAAGUGCACACUCAUUUUUUCUGCAUGGGAUAUAUUUUGAUCAAUUCUGUUUUUUAUAUUCUUGUGCAGUAAUUCCCAGCUUUUUAAUGCAUUCCUAUUUCUGCUUAUUACUUAGGCUGUUUCUUUUAUACCCCAAAUAAAAGAGAUAUUAAAAGUGUGCACGUUCAGAAAUUUAUAUUCCAUUUCAUACAAAAGUGCUCACUUCAUCAAAAACAAACUUUUAAUUUUUCUGUGUAGGAUGUAUUUUCAUGAUUUGUACUUGAAAAUAUACCUUUGCCAGACUUCGGGCAGAAUAUUUCUAGAGUAUUGAGCUAUACUUAUCAUUCGUAUGCGACAAGAUUAUUCCGCAAAUAUUUGUGACCAAAUUAUAUACCUAUAUAUUAAAUCUUGCUGAUCUUGCUGUUUUGUAUUUAUUUAUUCUUAUAUAGAGCGAUGGGAUUUAUGACAAGCAAAUUUUACACGGCAGUAUUGGGGAAGCGUGAGUCCGAGGCAUUUGCUCGUCUGGCCCACCUCCUCUUCUAGAAAUGUAUCUUUGAACUUGAAACGCUUUUUAUUCUUUCAAGACUCCUAAAAUUCAAUAUUUUUCAAUCUCCGACCGCUUGCUGUUUCGGUCUAACUUGACAUUCUAAAUAUCAGAACUUCUCUUGAAUCCCAGUUAUUUACGAGGUGACUGAAGCUACUUCAAGUUCCUUAAAAAUAAUAAAACUAAAAAAUUUUAUAAACAUGGAUUAAAAUAUAACGAACCUGCCACUUCGAGUUCCUUAAAAAUAAUAAAAGUAAAAACUUUUUCAUAAACAUGGAUUAAAAUAUAACGAACCUGCUAAGAUAAAUUGAGAACUGACUUCGUAUCAAAAUUAAAAUUGUAACAUGACUACAUGGACACCCUGUAUUUUUGUCCUCGGGUGUUCAUUUAACAACUUUUUAUCAAAAUAAUAGCGUUGCUACCAUAACCGAGCCUAUACCUACCUAUUGGUAAAUGUAAAUUUUUAUAUAUUUGUUAGUUGUAGUUUUAUGCAGUUGUUACAUAUUCAGUAAUUGCACUUUAUUGGUUUGGUUUAUCGUUGUAUAUAUUUCAAAAUAGGGAGGCGCUCCCGAAGUAUGUGGACCAAGAUGGCGCACAGCCUAAAUCCUAACCUGGUACACAUACCAUGUACAGGUUGUGUGCCAUCUUGGUGCACAUACUUCAGGAACUCCAAAUAGGAGAGUGGGAGGACGGGUCAUUUUUGACAACAGCUGUGUGGCCACACCCAAAUGAAUGUGAGAAAACGUACCAUACCCCCAACUACAUUCUUUUUUUGGCGACUUGAGCUUUUCCCCGCAAUCACAAAGCCUAAUAUUUAAUUAGGGCUGUGCAUUUUUGAAUUAAUUUCAGUCGAUUUGAAAAUUGAAUCUAGAACGCUUGGAAGUUAUAUAAUUGUAUGCGAUAUUUUUAUUUUACUGGAUCCUCCAGGCAAAUAAGUUACUGAAAACAUCACUCUGCUUAUUCAUUCAGCGAUCACACACAAUAAAAAACAUGCUUCAUCAACAACUUAAUAGAAAGAAAAGAGUCUUAUAUCAAGAUUGCAUUGCCAAAAAAAUUUGCCUUGAAAAAUAUUGAGGAUUUCACCUCUGCCUUUGGCGAAAAAAAUAUGGCGGCAAUUCAAAAUUUUCCUCUAACGCGAUUAAAAUAAUUUACUAUACGAUUCGAAAGGCCCAUCUAUAUAUAUAUAUAUAAGUUAUCCAUUUUCAUUUCAGUUUUGUAUUCAAAGUAAGACGAUGAAAUUUUGGUGCUCAUACUCUUGUAAUAUUGUUUAGGUACUUUCCGCUUUUUAUUUUGCUUUCAUAUGUAAUAUAAUUAUAUUUAGAGGAGUCA